GAUAAAUGAUUGAGCAGCUAUAAAUCAGGAGAGGCCUCUGAGAUGGUGGAACACAGACACACGUAACUUACGUAGCUAGAGGUAGCUAGCUUGUAUAGCAGCAAUGGCGGCAGCUUCUUCUUGGUGUCUGGUGGUGGUGAUGGUGGUGGCGCUGUGCGUGGGCGGCGGCGCGGCUCAGCUGUGCGAGGACUACUACGACUGCACAUGCCCGGACGCAUACGACAUCGUCCGGCGAGUCCUCAUCGAGGCGCACAAGAGCGACACCCGCAUCUUCGCCAGCCUCAUCCGCCUCCAUUUCCACGACUGCUUCGUCCAGGGCUGCGACGCCUCGCUCCUGCUGGACACCGUCCCGGGGAUGCCGUCCGAGAAGACCUCGCCGCCGAACAACAACUCGGCGAGGGGUUUCCCGGUGGUCGACGACGUCAAGGCGGCGCUGGAGGACGCCUGCCCCGGCGUCGUCUCCUGCGCCGACAUCCUCGCCCUUGCCGCUGAGAUCUCCGUCGAGCUGUCUGGUGGGCCCGGGUGGGGCGUGCUGCUGGGGAGGCUCGACGGCAUGACCUCCGACUUCAAUGGCUCCCUCGACCUGCCGGCCCCCACCGACAACCUCACCGUCCUCCGCCAGAAGUUCGACAAGCUCAACCUUAACGACGUCGACCUCGUCGCCCUCUCUGGUGGGCACACCUUCGGCCGGGUGCGGUGCCAGUUCGUGACGGACAGGCUCUACAACUUCAGCGGCACGGGGCGGCCGGACCCGACCAUGGACUUCGCCUACCGGAGCUUCCUCUCGCAGCGGUGCCCGCCCAACGGCCCACCGGCGGCGCUCAACGACCUCGACCCGACCACGCCGGACACCUUCGACAACCACUACUACACCAACAUCGAGGCCAGCCGCGGCUUCCUCCAGUCGGACCAGGAGCUCAAGUCGUCGCCGGAGGCGGGCGGGACGACGGCGCCCAUCGUCGACCGCUUCGCCUCCAGCCAGGGCGCCUUCUUCGCCAGCUUCGCGCAGUCCAUGAUCAACAUGGGGAACCUCGGCCCGGUCACUGACCCUUCCAUGGGAGAGGUCCGGACCAACUGCAGAAAGGUCAACGGAAGUUGAUUAAUACAGAUUAUAAACAUGGUGAUUACAGAGGUGAUCUGUGCAUAAUUAAGCAUGCAUUUGUGGGAAUAUUAGUUCAGUUUAAUUACUUAAGAAAAUGAAAAAGAAAUUGAAGGAAUGUGUUUAAUUUGGAUGCAAUUAAGGAAUCUUAUCAUGCAUCCAGCUUGAUAAAUAAUUGGCCACUAGUUGACCAAUGUAUUUGUACCGUGCAUGUGUUUGUUCCAAAAGACCGAGGCAAUCAGAAUUAUAUGUACAA